AUGCCUCAUUUGAAAGUAUGCAAACGAACGUGGAAACGUUCAGAAGACGAAUUCGUCAUAUCUAGUAUCGUACAAGCUUUAAUAAGAGUUAUACUGGUCGUAAUUGCUGGCGCGUUGCUUCUCUCAAAUCAACAGUUACAAACUGUUUGUCCAGCCGAGUUCAAGGGUAUUUUGAUAACUUCGGCUGUGAUAUGUAUUCUUCAUAUCCUCCUGUUUAUCGUGAUUGCUGCCGUAAGUGGCAGAGGCGGUGUUAUGGAAGUACAAAAGCGGAAACCUCUGGGACCUUUGAUUAUUGUGCAUUUCUUACUAAUGAUACUGGAGCUUAUUUUCUACUGCCUUUCAAUAUGGCAGGUCGUUGUCUUUCGUAACGACCACAGCUAUGUGGAUCUUCAUUCGGCCUUUGUUGCUGUGAUUUGCUGGUGCUCUGUUCUAAUGUUUACUAUUGUUUGUGAAAUAGUUGAUUGGAUUCGACACUAUGACAAAGAUGGAAGACUAAAGUAUGAGUUCUAUAACACAUUUCUCUACGAUGGGGUGGACAAGAAGACAGAAGACGAAAAACGCGAGUUAGUAAUGAAUAUGCGGAUGGUGGAAAAGUUCAAAUGGCAAAAUGUUCUUUCCAAAAAGUUCGAUUCGCCUGAAGAUUAUGGUAGCGAUGACAAAGAAGCUGCACUCCAUGCAGUUUCAACCGCCUUUGUCGACCUCCUAACG